AUGGCCGAUAUGGGUUAUGGUUUGUCUAGAGAUGACAUUAUGAGAGUUGCAUUUCAGAUAGUUGAAAAGACAAAGAAGCCACACCCAUUCGCAAAUGGUGCCGCUGGAAAAUCAUGGCUGCAGGAUUUCUUAAGUCGUCAUAAGCUAAGUAUCCGUUCUCCUCAGCCUUUGUCACAUGCGAGGGCUCAAAGUGUAACUGAUGACGUCAUUAAAGAUUUUUUUGAAAAACUUGGCGGUAUUUUUGCCAGAUUGAAUCUACUGUCGAAACCAAUGCAAAUAUACAAUAUUGAUGAAACAAGCAUAAAUGUUGUGCAUAAACCGGGCAAAGUUGCAGCAGAUAUCAAGCAUAAGAAAGUAUGGUCAAUUACUUCAGCGGAAAGGGGAAAAACACAUACGGUAUUGACUUGUGUUAAUGCUUCUGGCCAGAGCAUUCCUCCCCUAAUGAUUUUUCCAAGAAAAAGGAUGAAGGAAGACUUAAAGGAGGGUGCCAUACCUGGUACUAUGUUUCGUUGCUCCGAAAGUGGGUGGAUAAAUCAACAAUUAUUUCUGGAAUGGUUUGAAUUUUUUAUUGAAUCGAUUCCACCUGCACGCCCUGUACUCAUAAUUGAAGAUGGUCAUGCUUCUCACGUAUCACUAGAUGUCAUUAAGCUAGCUAAAGAAAGUAAUAUCCAUCUUCUCUGUCUUCCAUCACAUUCGACACAUAUUCUUCAGCCUGUAGAUGUUGGCGUGUUUAAAAGUCUAAAAGCACAUUUUAAUAAGGAGUGCAGAGAUUUUUUACACUCUAAUCCCGGAAUAAAAAUUCGUUCUGAAAAUCUUGCAUCUCUUCUGUCUUUGGCAUGGCCAAAAGCAUUGACGCCAAUGAAUGUGAUGAAAGGAUUCAAGCAAUGUGGGAUUUUUCCUCUUAACCCAGGAGUGAUAUCAGAUCGACUAUUAGCUCCGUCAAAAGUUUUUUCACCUGAACCAAGUGAAAUAUCAGAUUGUGAUAAAACACCAGAAAUAGCGAAUAUUUCAGAUUUUUCUGAUAUCCUUUCCCUGCCUAAAGUUCCUUCAGUCUCAAACGUGAGCUUAAAAUCGUUCAACAGUGAUGGUGCUAGGUGCAUUACAAAUGAGUCCUUUAUUACUGAAAUCUCUGAAGAAACAAAAAGAAAGGAAGAAGAAAAGAAAAGAAAGGAAGAAGAA